UCGCGGUCCUGCCCCCAGCGCCCCCGCGCCCGCCGGCCUGCCAGCGCCCCCCGCCUCGGCGAGCGCGCCCGGCCCCGCGGCGCCUGCAGCCCAGGCGCGUCGCCUGCCCGGCCGGGGUAGACCGGGCCCAGCCCGGCCCCGGGACCGCCGCUGCCCGCGGGCGGGGGCGCCCGGGCAGCCGGGACGAUGCGCGGUCCCUGGCCCCGGGAGGCGGCCGCCCUGGGGCCGUCGGGAUGGAGGUGAGAAGGCGGCCGUGACGCACGCCCGCGCGAACCCCUGCACCCCAGCAGCCGGCAGCGCUCCCUGCCCCCCUCCCCCGCGGACGCGGGCCUUGCCGUCGAGUGACAGCGGCCUGGGGGGGCAGGGGGGGCGGGGGCAGCCGGACCAGCGAUGCCGGCGGGCAUGACGAAGCAUGGCUCGCGCUCCACCAGCUCGCUGCCGCCCGAGCCCAUGGAGAUCGUGCGCAGCAAGGCGUGCUCGCGGCGUGUGCGCCUCAACGUCGGGGGGCUGGCGCACGAGGUGCUCUGGCGCACCCUGGACCGCCUGCCCCGCACGCGGCUGGGCAAGCUCCGUGACUGCAACACGCACGACUCGCUGCUCGAGGUGUGCGACGACUACAGCCUGGAUGACAACGAGUACUUCUUCGACCGCCACCCGGGCGCCUUCACCUCCAUCCUCAACUUCUACCGCACCGGGCGGCUGCACAUGAUGGAGGAGAUGUGCGCGCUUAGCUUCAGUCAGGAGCUGGACUACUGGGGCAUCGACGAGAUCUACCUGGAGUCCUGCUGCCAGGCCCGCUACCACCAGAAGAAGGAGCAGAUGAACGAGGAGCUGAAACGCGAGGCCGAGACCCUGCGGGAGCGAGAGGGCGAGGAGUUCGACAAUACGUGCUGUGCAGAGAAGAGGAAGAAACUCUGGGACCUGUUGGAGAAGCCCAACUCCUCCGUGGCCGCCAAGAUCCUGGCCAUCAUUUCCAUCAUGUUCAUCGUCCUCUCCACCAUCGCCCUGUCACUCAACACACUGCCCGAGCUGCAGAGCCUGGAUGAGUUCGGCCAGAGCACAGACAACCCGCAGCUGGCCCACGUGGAGGCUGUAUGCAUCGCCUGGUUCACCAUGGAGUACCUGCUGCGGUUCCUGUCCUCGCCCAAGAAGUGGAAGUUCUUCAAGGGCCCGCUCAACGCCAUCGACCUGUUGGCCAUCCUGCCCUACUAUGUCACCAUCUUCCUCACGGAGUCCAACAAGAGCGUGCUGCAGUUCCAGAAUGUGCGCCGUGUGGUCCAGAUCUUCCGAAUCAUGCGUAUUCUGCGUAUCCUCAAGCUUGCGCGCCACUCCACCGGCCUCCAGUCCCUGGGCUUCACCCUACGCAGGAGCUACAACGAGCUAGGGCUCCUCAUCCUCUUCCUCGCCAUGGGCAUCAUGAUCUUCUCCAGUCUCGUCUUCUUUGCUGAGAAGGAUGAGGAUGACACCAAGUUCAAGAGCAUCCCGGCCUCUUUCUGGUGGGCCACCAUCACCAUGACGACAGUUGGAUAUGGAGACAUCUACCCCAAAACUCUCCUGGGGAAAAUCGUGGGGGGGCUCUGCUGCAUCGCGGGGGUCCUGGUGAUCGCUCUUCCCAUCCCCAUCAUCGUCAAUAACUUCUCCGAGUUCUACAAGGAGCAGAAGAGGCAGGAGAAAGCCAUCAAGCGAAGGGAGGCCCUGGAGCGAGCCAAGAGGAACGGCAGCAUUGUCUCCAUGAACUUGAAGGAUGCCUUUGCCCGGAGUACUGAGAUGGUAGAUGUCGUGGUUGAGAAAAACGGGGACAAUAAGAAGGAUAAAGUUCCAGAUAACCACUUGUCUCCCAGCAAGUGGAAAUGGACAAAGAGGACCCUGUCUGAAACCAGCUCAAGUAAGUCCUUUGAAACCAAGGAGCAAGGGUCCCCUGAGAAGGUCAGAUCAUCUUCUAGUCCUCAGCAUUUGAACGUCCAACAGCUGGAGGACAUGUACAACAAGAUGGUCAAGACCCAGUCCCAACCCAUCCUCAACACCAAGGACUCAGCACCACAGAGCAAGCCAAAGGAAGAGCUUGAAAUGGAGAGCAUCCCCAGCCCUGUCGCCCCUCUGCCCACCCGCACGGAAGGAGUCAUCGACAUGAGAAGUAUGUCGAGCAUCGACAGUUUCAUCAGCUGUGCCACAGACUUCCCUGAGGCCACCAGGUUCUCCCACAGCCCUCUGGCAUCACUCCCCAGCAAGUCUGGGGCCAGCACAGUUCCAGAGGUGGGCUGGCGGGGAGCUCUGGGGACCAGUGGCGGUAGACUCAUGGAGGCCAACCCCUCCCCAACCCCCGAUGCCAGCCAUCGCUCUAGUUUCUUCAUCGAGAGCCCCAAGAGUUCUAUGAAGACCAGCAACCCCUUGAAACUCCGGGCACUUAAGGUUAACUUCAUGCCGGGCGACCCCGGCCCACUGCUCCCCAUUCUGGGGAUGUAUCACGACCCUCUCAGGAACAGAGGGGGUGCUGCGGCCGCUGUCGCAGGACUGGAGUGUGCCUCGCUCUUGGACAAGCCUGUACUGAGCCCAGAGUCCUCCGUCUACACCACAGCAAGUGCUAGGACACCCCCCCGGUCACCCGAGAAACACCCAGCAAUAGCAUUCAACUUUGAGGCAGGCGUCCACCAGUAUAUUGACGCAGACACAGAUGACGAGGGACAGCUGCUCUACAGCGUGGACUCCAGCCCUCCCAAGAGCCUCCAUGGGAGCACCAGCCCCAAGUUCAGUGUCGGGGCCAGGUCAGAAAAGAACCACUUUGAAAGCUCCCCCUUACCCACCUCCCCUAAGUUCCUAAGGCAGAACUGUAUCUACUCGGCAGUGGGGCUGACGGGAAAGGGCCCCGCAGCUCAGGAAAAGUACAAACUUGAGAACCACAUCUCCCCUGACGUGCGUGUGCUGCCCGGAGGGGGAGCCCACGGGAGCACGCGGGAGCAGAGCAUCUGAACACCCCUCGGAGGGGGACUCGAGGGUGAGGUCCAAGGAUGGGGGCUUGCCUGCAGCCACAGAGCUUUUCUGCAUGAACCUGGAAACAGAAAGGCCCUGUGAAGCCCCCAGGCAGAGGGAGAGGCUCCAGAGAAGGCUCCCACAGACCUGGAGAGCCCAAACAAGUCCACAGGCAUGAAAUUGGCAAGCCAUGGGGACAUGUAGUAACAACUCUGCUCUUUAGAUGAUGGUAAGACCAGAGCUCACGGUCACCACUAUCACCAUUUCAACCCACCCCAGGCCAUCUGUUGCCCAUUCUCUCUCACAGUCCUCCAUCACAGCCUCUGGGGACAACGGCUCCAUCCCUCCUGGGUGCAGAAGGAGGAGGCCACUGGAGCUAGUGGCUGGUGUGGACUGAGUGGGUUGACCAAUUUGGUAUUCUGUGUGGCCCAACCAUUUCUAGGAACACCUGUCCAUCACCUCCUGGCUAGAUGGCACAAGAAGGCUACAGGGAAUGCUAGUGUCAUGGAGAAAUCUGCCCCAUAAGCCACGGUGCCAGCGCAAAACCCUUAGGAAAUGACUUCCUGACUGCAGUAUUCAGUAGAACCUGUGGUUUUAUUUUGAGAUAUCAUCAGGGUGAGUUGCACCAUUUGUACUCCAUUCUCACUGCCCCCUGGCUAUGUGGGACAAGUUCAGAAGGUGACAUGCUGCCAGGGGAAGAACUCUGAGUGUUGCUUUAGGGCUUAUAGGAAGAAAACACUCUCUGUAUGUCUCUAGUUUAGACUCAAAAGAUACGCAAGCGUCAAAUAUGGAAAAGAAACAGCUUACUCAAAGAGACUGUGCAUAACUGAACAACAGAAUAAAAAAUCUAAUUUCCUUUUUUACCUGCAAAAAUGAAAGAAAAAGAAAACAAACACCACCCCUCAUUGAAAAGCCCUGUGCAGACUUUUGGCUCCUUCCGGCUACGGCGGGGAAAGCGCCUACUAUGGUAGAAAUUCUUUUUUGUUUCCUGUGGUAUCCCAGCUAAUCAAAAAGUUAAUAAAAAGCACUUUAUGUUUUUCAAAACUAGGUUUACCAGGGACAGUGUCAACAUCUUGCACUUUAAAACAAGCACGAUCUCCCAUGGGUCCCUUGUUGGCACUGCAGUUGGGUUGUGACAGUGAGUUGCACUGUCACCAUAUCAGAGCCUGGGGGCUCCUCCCUGCCCCUCUAGAGCUCGUCUCUGCCCCUCUUUGGUCAGGCGGGGACCUCGGCCCUCCGGCAAGGCCUCUCUUUAAGUCACUGGUACUGGAGAUGGCACAUGUCAGAAGGGCAGUGACGGCUGGGCAGUGGGUGUUUCAUCCUGUCCUCUUUCUCAUCCACCAGCCCUUGGUGUUCCCAGUGUCAUGGUCUGUCCUCAAAGCUCAGUGCUUGUUCCUGCAGCCACCAAGGCAGGCAGUACCGACAAAAGCAAUAAGUAUCUGUGUGCAUCCUGAGCGGUUCCCUGUAUUUCUUGGUGUUGCUGUCCUGUUCUAGUGUGAUGACCUGGCAUGUCUCCUGCCUGCUUGUAGUCCAAUGGCACAGUGUUGUUGGCAACUGCUUGGUGACACUGGGUUGAAGCACUGGUUAACACAGCAUGAUGGUGUUGACUCGUCUGUCAGAAAACACGCCAUGUUAUGACUGGUCUGCCUGUGUGUGGUCCGGAGAGCCAUGUUGCCCUCUGAAUCUGACAUUGAUGGGUGAGUCAUAAGUCCUGCCUGUCCUCAAGACAAUGACAGUGACAGGCAUGUCUUCUUGAUGGAGCAUAGACAUGGGGUUGGUUCACCUGUCUUUAGGAUAAUUUGUUGCUGCUCUACCCUAUAGUACAACGUCACGACCCACCCAUCAGUUCGCGAUUAUCCCAGAGUUGUUCUGCCCACCCUUCACUCACUGGCAUGGGGUUGGGCCACCUGUCACAGGUAUGAUGACAUGGGGUCAUUCCACCAUCCUUAAAAAUGUGUGUUCCCUGUAUAUGAACCCAGUUCACACCAGUUCUCAGCAUCUCCAAGGACCUGGGCUGUUUGCCGUGUUGUCAUAUAAGUACCACACGCUAACCGGC